GCCCGCUCCUUACGCCCAGCUUGGGUAGCGACCCGGCCCACCAAAGAUUCUGACCCCCACCCUCGCGAACCAAGGGCCCGCGGAUGCAGGGCGCGAUGGCCGCCCCAUCCGUGGUCCCGGUCACGCGGCAGAUCAGCGGCCGCGCUGCCCCAGCCGCAGUCCCAGACCCGAGCGGCCCCGAGAGCGGGCAGUCCCUGGCCGCCGCCGUGGCCGACCUGCCGGUGCUGGACGCCUCCGGGAGGCGGGUGCUGUUCGGCGCGCUGUUCCGGGAGCGCCGGGCUGUAGUGGUCUUCGUGCGGCAUUUCCUGUGUUACAUCUGCAAGGAAUAUGUAGAAGAUCUGGCCAAAAUCCCCAAGAGUUUCUUACAAGAAGCAAAUGUCACUCUUAUAGUGAUUGGACAGUCAUCCUACCAUCAUAUUGAGCCUUUCUGUAAACUGACUGGGUAUUCUCAUGAAAUCUAUGUUGAUCCUGAGAGAGAAAUUUAUAAAAGAUUGGGAAUGAAAAGAGGUGAAGAAAUUGCCUCCUCAGGACAGAGCCCCCAUAUAAAAUCAAAUAUACUCUCAGGAAGCAUUCGGAGCCUGUGGCGGGCAGUGACUGGCCCUCUUUUUGAUUUUCAAGGAGAUCCAGCUCAGCAAGGUGGAACACUCAUUUUAGGUCCAGGUAACAACAUCCAUUUUAUACACUGUGAUAGGAAUAGGUUGGAUCACAAGCCCAUCAACUCUGUUUUACAGCUUGUAGGAGUUCAGCACGUGGACUUUACAAGCAGACCUUCAGUUAUCCAUGUGUGACAUUACAGACUCUGUCGCUUUCAAAUGGACCUUGGGAUAUGACCUGGAUUGUGGGAAUGUAGUAUACUUGUGCAGUGCCUAACUUGUUGGCUCUUCCCAGCCUUUGAGGAGUUAUGAAACCAUAAAGAGACCGUGUACCACCAGUUGAAUAGCAUGCUGAGAGGCAUUAGUUGUCAAAAAUGUGAUAUAUAUUUAUAAUUUUAUAGCUUUUGAAGUUUUAUUUUCUAUAAAAAUUUUUGUAAAAAAAUUAUUUUAUUUUUGUAAAAUAAAACUUUAAAAGCUAUAAAAUUAUAAAUACCAUUCUUUAUUUUACAUUAUGAUAUAUCCAUUCAAUGAAGGUUUUUUUGGCCAUUAAAAUCAUAAAUUCUUUUUUUU